CGCAGACGCAAUACGACUCCCCUGGUCAGCUGACUGUGAGUGAGAUGCUGUGUUGAAGGACCUCUGAGGCGAAUACCUGCUAAUAACUGCGGUAUGCAUGGCAAGCUGCGAUUACUUUACUGAAUUACACCGUGUGGACCAAACUCUGAAGCCGCUAAACACAUCGUGACUUCCUUGCAUCAGAGGCCCAGUGGACAAACUUCCUGCCAGCAGCCAUGACAGAAUUCUGGUUGAUCUCCGCUCCGGGGGAGAAGACAUGCCAGCAGACCUGGGACAAGAUGAUGGCCGCCACUUCGCGCACCAACAAUCUCUCGACCAACAACAAGUUCAACAUCCCUGACCUCAAGGUCGGAACAUUAGACGUCUUAGUGGGUCUGUCGGAUGAGCUGGCUAAACUGGACACUUUUGUGGAAAGCGUGGUGAAGAAGGUCGCUCAGUACAUGGCUGAUGUUCUGGAGGACAGCCGAGACAAAGUCCAGGAGAAUCUACUGGCCAAUGGAGUUGACCUGGUCACUUAUAUCACCAGAUUUCAGUGGGACAUGGCGAAGUAUCCAAUCAAACAGUCCCUGAAAAACAUCUCUGAGAUCAUCUCCAAGCAAGCAACUCAGAUAGACAACGACCUGAAGGCCAGAGCUUCAGCCUACAACAAUCUGAAGGGAAAUCUACAGAAUCUGGAGAGGAAGAAUGCGGGGAGCUUGUUGACCAGGAGUCUGGCUGACAUAGUGAAGAAAGAGGACUUUGUACUGGACUCAGAGUACCUGAUUACCAUGCUGGUAGUCGUCCCGAAGACAAGCUACGCUGACUGGCAGAAGACGUAUGAAACACUGGCAGAGAUGGUCGUACCACGCUCUACUAAGCUGCUAUUUGAAGACAACGACAGUGGUCUGUUCAGUGUCACUCUCUUCAGGAAGGCUGUGGAUGACUUCAAGCACAAGGCCAGGGAAAACAAGUUUACAGUGCGUGAUUUCCAGUACAAUGAGGAGGAGAUGAAGGCAGACAAGGAAGAGAUGACUCGUUUGUCCACUGACAAGAAGAAACAGUUUGGGCCUUUGGUACGAUGGCUGAAAGUGAAUUUCAGUGAAGCCUUCAUCGCGUGGAUUCACAUAAAGGCUCUGCGCGUGUUUGUGGAGUCAGUAUUGAGAUACGGGCUGCCAGUCAACUUCCAGGCCAUGCUGCUUCAGCCCAACAAGAAGAACAUGAAGAAGCUGAGAGAGGUGCUGUACGACCUGUACAAACACCUGGACAGCAGUGCUGCGAUCAUCGAUGCCUCUAUGGACAUCCCAGGUCUGAAUCUGAGCCAGCAGGAGUACUACCCCUACGUUUACUACAAGAUUGACUGCAACCUGCUGGACUUCAAAGUCUAGACACAUCGCCAUCAUUGUCAUCAUCAUCAUCAUCAUCAUCCUGCAGUAUCAUGUUCUGAUGUGACUUGUUCACAUCCUCAAGCUUUAAUUUAUUUCCACACCCUCUCUGUUUUUUCCUCUUAUCUCACUUUUUGUGUUCUCAUCCUCUUUUUUUCUCCUCUCAUGUUCCUGCCACAUUCCUGGGUGUAAGCAGAAUAAGUUGUUAGAAAUCAGAGUACUGAUGAUUGGUGACAGUAAGUAAGGUCAGAUAGAUUCAAGAGGUAAACUGGUCUCCAAUCGUAACCUCUGUUCUAAUAUACUUGAAUAUGGCUCCGCUCUGCUGUUGUCACUUCCUCUUUGUACCAUGCUGUGAACAGCUUCAGCUUACACCCAACUAAACAGCUGACAUUCCCUCAUGGCAUCAAAAGGACAUGUAAAAUACUGCAUUUUUAUUGUUGUUUUUUCCCCCCUUCUUUUAUUUAAAGUAACACAAACAGUACAAAUAUGGGGAGAAAAAUAAAUGUAUGUUAAAUAUAGUAUUUAUUUAAAGACUCUAAAAUCAGUGAAUGUGUUUCUGUUCAGUUUUUGAAGGUGACGUGUUUUUAGCUCCAUGUAAGGGUAAAUGUCUGUUUACAAGUAGAUGUUGACCAUGGUUUCUCCCUCUCGAGCUGUAAUCCUGUGAAAUACUGGAACUGGUCAUUUUUACAGUUUAAAGAAGCAAUAGGUUUGCUGCUUGUAUGCUCCUUCGGUUUCUGUAUAUGAAGCAUUUUAAGAAUAAUUAUGAUAGGUCUGUGCAAAUACUGUACUGUCAGUAUAACUGAAAAUUGAACCACAUAUUUAAAAUAAAUGUGAAAAUAAAUACUCUAUGUGAAAGAUA